AUGUGUGAAAAAUAUAACACUAUUGCACAGCAGCUGGCUAAAUGGCAACAAAGCCACUUGUUGACGUUCUGGGAUGAGCUUACUGAGGAAGAGAAGGCCAAACUACUUGAUACAGCCGUUGAAAGUGUAGAUUGCGCCGCACUGGAUGAAGCGUUUCGACGAGCUAUGGCAACCGCCACGUCGACGAAGGAGAACUUAAAUGAACAGCUCAAGCCGCUCGCACGAGAACGGUACCUCUCGGUGUCUGAGGCAACCAAGGAGCAACUAUUGGAUCUUCAGCAGGUAGGCUUAGAGCAAAUCCGCGAAGGAAGAGUUGGUGUGAUACUUCUUGCCGGUGGUCAAGGCACCAGGCUUGGAUCGUCCGCCCCUAAGGGCACCUUCAACGUUGGCCUGCCCUCGCAGAAAUCUCUAUUCCAGUUGCAAGCCGAGCGUAUCCGGAAGCUGCAGAAACUAGCGGGUGCCGAAGGGCGCAUUCGAUGGUACAUCAUGACUAGCGAACACACGCAUUGCGAAACACGCGAUUAUUUCCUUGCGAACCAGCACUUCGGGCUACCUUCUGACCAGAUUCGUUUGUUCCGUCAGCGUAGUGUACCAUGCGUAGAUUUCGAAGGUCGCAUUCUGCUAGAUGAAAAAUGGAAGGUGGCCACCGCUCCUGAUGGCAACGGAGGUAUCUAUCGAGCCCUUAAAGAUGAAGGUAUAUUGGACGAGAUGGACCGUGAGGGUGUUCGGUAUUUGCAUGCUCACAGUGUCGACAACAUUCUUAUAAAAGUUGCGGACCCGGUUUUCAUCGGUUACUGCGUUCGCAAGCGCGCGGAUUGCGGAGUGAAAGUUAUCGAGAAGGUUCAACCAGACGAGGCAGUUGGCGUGGUUUGUGAAGUAAAAGGCAAAUAUCAAGUUGUCGAGUACAGCGAGCUCUCAAGCGAAACGGCCACUCAACGAAAUCCAUGUGAUGGGAAGUUAACGUUUAAUGCGGGAAACAUUUGCAAUCAUUUCUUCACUACUGAGUUUUUGCGCCGCAUCGCUGAAACGCAGAUGCCAUUACACGUAGCCAAAAAGAAGAUUCCAUUCAUUGAUACGGUUACUGGGGAGCGCGUAAAGCCUACCGUGCCCAAUGGCAUAAAGAUGGAAAAAUUCAUUUUCGAUGUUUUUCCUUUGGCGAAACAGUUUGUGGCCUUGGAAGGACGCCGGGAAGAGGAGUUCAGCGCGCUUAAAAACGCUGACUCGGCCGGUAUAGACUGUCCGGCAAGCGUGCGAAAUGACAUAUAUAGAUUGCACAGGAAGUGGCUUAUCAAUGCAGGCGCCAGCGAAAUAAUCGAUGCGGGUGAUGGGUCGAUUGAUUGUGAAAUUUCUCCGCUGUUAUCGUAUGCCGGCGAGAACCUAGAAAUGGCUGCAGCCGGUCAAAGCUUUCAAUGUCCGAUCUAUUUGACAUGCGAUGAUGAAGAUCAUCAACUGGGCUAAACAUAGUUUACAAACCUA